AUGCCUUCAACUAGAGGAAAAUCUAAAAAUCAAAAACAAACAAAGAAGAAAAGUGUGGAGAAGCCGUAUGCGAAAACGCCGUCAGAUAGCUCUAAUGAGGCAACUAAUAGUAAUCUCAAGGAAUCGGUAGAGACUCUAACCAAGGCAGUCAACAUUCUCGUUGACAAGCUAGAGGCCCCGUCAGGACAAUCAGACCCGCCGGUACCCACACCCUCGUCAUCGGCGGAGAGAAACCUGGAGCCUUUGGAUGCAUCUUCUAGUACAAUCGUACGAGGACUCGGCGAGAAAGGUAUACAUCCAAAUGAUAUCCCGAUGAUAGAUGUAAUUUCUCCGAGUGUAAAACGGGCCAUUCUCACUGGAAAGUACAUCAACAUGGCUUGUCUGUUAAUACCGUAUUAUGAGAUAUCAAAAGCCCCGUCCCUGGAUACAGAGGCCGACGGAAAACUGACGCUCAAGGCCGUUAAUAUGGAUAACGACCCAAAACUAAAGCGCCAUCUCACCAUUGCAGAAUUCAUCACGGCCUUCGAAAAGUAUAAGCGAAUAAUGUUAGCCGCUUACCCCUCCCGCGCCGAUGAACUUAGCCAAUACAUGUACAAUAUUCUGGAUAUUCACAACACAAACGGUGCCGUAUUCUACGAAUACCACAAGUUAUUCACAGGAAGAGCGUGCGCCGCUUGGAUCAAUCAUCAAAUCAAAGUUGACUGGGGACAAGUGGACACUCGCCUAUUACAGCUCGUCCUCAACUCAAAGCACGUUGAUGUCGAUAAUGGAAAAACAUCACAAUCCGAGGCAAAACGGGGUAAACAAAACACAGAUAGACAAGGCAGAAAAGUGAUAUACUCCGAAGACGAACGCGGAAGAUCUAGACCUGUUUGUAACAACUUCAACUCGGAAGGCGGCUGUAAUUACGAUGAUUGUUACAGGCUUCACGUCCGCGUAGAUUCCGAAGGCAGGAAAAUCUCCCCGUCCUCUCGUUCAUCUAGGAAAAACGAGGGAAAGAAUAAAAAUUGACUGAUUCCCGACAUCAUGAACGCUUCAACCCCCAUCAAUAUUCCUCAAUUGCGAAUGGAUUUAAUUCACCACCCCGACGCGAAUUUCGUUAAUUACUUAUGCAACGGCCUCGAAUAUGGAUUCGACACCCUAGUAGAACAACCUGAAGGCAUCUCUAUCCCUAACAGAAUCUGUAACAAUUUAUUAUCAGCGCGUCGGCAACCAGAGAUCGUCGAAGAAUUGCUGAAUACAGAAUUAUCUAAGGGAUAUUUAC